GGAGGCGGGCAGCGUCAGGUAAAAAAAGUGAUUAAGCCUUUCCAAACCUGAGCCUCACGCGCCGGCGCCGCCUAUGGUAUUGGGUAUUGGUUUGCAUGAAUCGCAACCAUUUCACAUGUAUUAGAUUCAUUCAUGUUGAGAUAAACUGAGACAAAGGGAUUAGGGUAUAUCUGAUUCCCACUCCAGAGCAGAAGGUGGCGGUAUAACCACCAAUAAACUGGAUACCAACCACAGUCUAUGAUACCAACUAAUGUAAACAGAGACAAAAAUCAAUCUACUUUUAAAUGUUCACGGUUGUAAAGAUGUGAAACAACAAACAUGGCUUGAACAAUAAGGCAUGCUACAUUAUUGACUGCUCUUGGACACUUCCAUGGAUGUAUUAAGAGAACUCUGCCAUGGUUUGAUUUUGACCGCGAUCUGGCGGGAAAGGGUUUCCCCUGCAUCCUGUGUGCACUCGCGAUAUUUGGGCAUAACCGUAAACUUAACCAUCAUCAUCGCGAGAGAGGAUCAUUGAGACAAUAAAGACCGUUGGCGAAAGUUGGAGGAGAUCAAUGGACGAUUUUGUGUGUGACACGUUGACACAGUGGCAGUUGACAGACGUUAUUGAUAGAUUUAAAGACGAGGGAAUUGACGAGGAGAGUUUUCUUCUUUUAGACGAGGGGACCAUCAGCCAAUUGAUUCCAAAAGCUGGCCCCAGGCUUAAGUUCCUCAAAAAAUGUAGAGGACUUAUUGAACCUGCUGUGCCACCUACAAGUCCUGAUGUCCAACCAACUGCCACAACUCCACCCUCCAUGGAGGACCAAACGGCACCUGUCGUACCAGCGAUGAUACCUCAAACACUACAUAUAAUUCCACAAUUUGAUAUCCGCCAGAUUCUCACAGGCUCAACUGAAGGCAAGCUGAUCCUGGGGAGCCUUGAUGAGGAUGUGAUCAUCCCUUCGCAAAGAAAGUGCCUUGUCCGUAUUUUGGUGUCUCACCUCAUGGAGAAGUUUGGAGAGAGUCCUACCAGUGAGACAAAAAAGGCCUUGGCUGCAGCUUUGAUUCAUGGGUUUCCCUCCUUGAAGGACGAGUCGGACUCAAGCAGUGGCUUCGGAUACUGGUUCACCCCAGGACGGAACCGCCGCCCAGCCACUGGAUUCCUCGAAGAGAGGCUUCGGAACGUCAGAAAGAGGAUGAGAAAACCGGCCAGGUCACAGAGCACGCAGCAGACACCACCACAAAGUAGUGAAGCUGGCACUCGUAGGACAUUCAUACCAGAAUGUACCAUAUCGGAAGAAAGAGCCAUACAGUGUAAAGAAUGGCUGAAACACAAUUCGCAGCCCCUCAACCAGGUGGAGCAAUACAUGCAGGAUACAGCAGUGUACAGGGCCAAGUCUUUAAGGAUAACGGGUGGGACAUUCAAGGGAUCCGCCAAGAGUUCCCACAUCUAUUCACUCCAGAUUGCACAGGACUUUCAGAUCCUACAUGGAGAGGCUGCGCCUAAGCUCUUCGAAACCUGGCUACCUUUGUUUAAAGACAAGAUCCUGCACCUGGCGAGACGGGAAGGGAAACUUAUCUCGUCGCUUGAUGGAUUAACACCCGAUUGUUUGGGGGAACUUGCUCUGAGCCAGUUACCAACACUGCUUCCACCAACUGUCUACAGGGUUGGCCGAAAAGUGUUCCGGUACACUAUCGAGGAGUCUAAGUUGGCCUUCAUCGAUCAUAAGCCUGUUGGAACAAACUUGGUGGAGUACCUCCAUGAGGCGAAGGUGUCAAGACCUUACCCAUAUGUCCUGUCCCUGGGAAACGAUAUUUGGCACACCUCUCAGGCGUUCGUUAUUCUUGAUGGGGAGGCGUUGGAACAAAACACAUUGCUUCAGGCAGUAGAUGUCUGUUUCAAGGUAUUCUAUAUCUUUGACAUCGACUACACAAAGCAGUGUGAAGCUGUAUGGAAAUUCCUCCAAAAUGCAGUGUACGAAAUCAAGGGAGGAGAGGAGUCAAAACCUGCUACGUCCUUGCGUGCAGCAAUACUUGCUUGCAAGUAG